AUGAGUCGUCCUGAGCACAUCUCUCCGCCAGAACUUUAUUACGAUGAAAAAGAAGCAGCCAAGUACAACUCGAGCUCGCGAAUUGUGAAGGUGCAGCAAGAGUUAUCAAAUCGCGCCAUUGAACUCUUAAACUUGCCCGAGGGCAAAGAAGCUUUUGUAUUAGACGUUGGCUGUGGAAGUGGACUGAGCGGAGUGGCGUUGGAGGAACACGGUCACGCUUGGGUUGGCGUGGAUAUCAGCAAAGACAUGUUGGACAUCGCUUCUGAGCGAGAUAGCAGUGGUGAUGUGUUAUUACAAGAUAUGGGUGGAGGUCUUCCGUUUCGUCCUGGUGUGUUCGAUGGAUGCAUCAGUAUAUCAGCUAUUCAAUGGCUCUGCUAUUCGGACAAGAAAGAGCACACGGCACGAAAGCGUCUGACGCGAUUUUUUACUUCACUAUACACGUGUUUGAAGACUGGCAGUCGCGCUGUGUUGCAACUUUACCCAGAGACGCCCGAACAGAUGGAAGAGAUUUCAGGCACUGCUAUGCGUUGCGGAUUCUCUGGCGGUCUUGUUAUUGACUUUCCUAACAGUGCGAAGGCCAAGAAAUUUUUUUUGUGCCUAUUUGCUGGAUAUACUACGCAGCAGCAAGUACCGCAGGGUCUUGGAACAGGAGUCAAUGCUAAUCAGGUCACGUACGAAGGACGCGGCAAGAUCCAACGCAAUCGUCGAGGAAAGGGUGAUUCUAUCAAGAAUAAGGACUGGGUGCUGGCCAAGAAGGAGCGCUAUCGCAAACAAGGCAAGAAGGUGAAGGCAGACAGCAAAUUCACGGGUAGAAAGCGGCCUGGGAAAUUUUAA